AUGCACUUCUUUACUCUUUUCUCCCUGGCUCAGGCCGUCACUGCUGCUCCUCUGAUUGUCCCUCGUGGGGUUGACGAGUCUGAGAGCAAGUUCAUCGUCGUCAUGAAGACCAACGCGGUUUCCAAAACCGUCCAGAGCACGGUUGCUAGAAUUGCCUCUAAUACUGACUAUACUUACUCCAAUCUUUUCAACGGCUUCUCAGCUAGCCUUACCAAAUCCGAGCUGAAAGAUCUACUCAACAACCCUAACAAAAACGCACCCUGGGGUCUAGCCCGUAUUUCCAACAAACUAGCAGGCAAGGAUCAUACAGCUUACACCUAUGACAAAAGUGCCGGUGAAGGCACAUGCACUUAUGUUCUCGACACCGGCAUCGAGGUCGAACACCCUGAAUUCGAGGGCCGCGCCAGAUUCGUGCAGAACUUUGUUGAUAACGCUGACUUGGAUGCUAAUGGUCAUGGGACUCAUAUUGCGGGCACCAUUGGGUCUAAAACGUAUGGUGUCGCGAAGAAAACGCAGCUCUUCGCUGUCAAGGUUCUAAAUGAGUAUACAGCGGGUCAGACGUCGGGAAUUCUCGCGGGCAUGGACUUUAUUGUUGAAGAUGCUGCUACUCGAAAGUGCCCCAGAGGCAUUGUGGUCAACAUGUCUGUCAGUGUUGCUUCUUCACCUGCUAUCAACGCAGCUGCUAGAUACAUUGUCAAAUCAGGUUAUUUUCUUGCUGUAGCAGCUGGCAACGAUGACACAGACGCAUCUCACGUUUCGCCAAGCAAUGAGCCUAUGGCUUGUACUGUUGGAGCAACCGCCCAGAUUGAUACAAGAGCCUUAUUCUCCAACUACGGUGUUUCUGUGGAUGUUUUCGCCCCUGGCGUCGAUAUCAAGAGCACAUCAAUGACAACACCACACGUCACUGGCCUCGCGGCUUAUCUUUUAGGCCUCAAGGAUAUCAAGGCAUCAGAAUUAUGCAACCUUAUUGCAUCCAUGUCUCUGAAAGACGUCAUCAAGGGUAUUCCUGAAAACACGGUCAACCUCUUAAUCCAGAACGGCGAAGCGAAAAACACUUCUCUCACAGUUCGAUCCGACCUUACCGCCGUGGCAGGUCUUGGCAUCGGAUGGGUGGCUGGCGGGUGUUUCAAGGGGGUAUAGUAUUUGCCUGAAUGUUAUAUGUGGUUUUUGGGUGGGAAUAACUCGCUAAAAAUUUGUGAAACUCUGCGGAU